GUAACCUUCUACAAGGAUUUCGGAAGACCUAUCGCUAAGGUCUUCCUCAUGGCGUUCUUCACCUAUCAGGUUACGUAUUGGGCCUGGGUGAAGAUGGAGAAGGAGGAGGUUAGGGGUGAGAAGGAGAGUAGGUGGUUUUCCAUGCCUUCUUUCUUACGGAGUUUUUUU